AUGAGUGCCAUUGAACCCAUCAAGACUACAGAAAACGCCUCAAGCAGCGGCGGCUAUGGUGCCACUUCUUCGAACACAAACCCUCUAAAGAGGUCGUCUGACACUGGUGCACCUCUCAUCAGCGUGCAACCAGCAAAACGCAGCGAUCUACAGCCAUCAUAUGCCCAGUUGCUUCCCGAUGACAAUGACGCUUCCACUACUGGAUGGUAUGGAUCUAUGAUCAGCACUCUUGGUUCUACUAUUGGAUUUCUGGGCGCAAUCCCUUGUUGUAUUAUCUGCCCCAAUCCGUAUAAGCCCGUCCAGCAGGGUCACGUUGGUCUCGUUACCCGUUACGGCCGUUUCCAUCGCGCAGUCGACCCUGGUCUCGUCAAGAUCAACCCUCUAUCUGAGACCCUCGUGUCUGUCGAUGUCAAGAUUCAGAUCUGUGAAGUUCCCCAGCAAGUCUGCAUGACUAAGGACAACGUUACAGUUCAUCUUACUUCUGUGAUCUACUACCAUAUCAACUCACCACACAAGGCCACUUUUGGAAUCACAAACGUUCGCCAAGCCCUCAUUGAGCGCACCCAGACAACUCUCCGCCAUGUUGUUGGCGCUCGUGUGCUUCAGGAUGUAAUAGAGCGUCGUGAGGAGAUUGCACAAAGCAUCGCAGAAAUAAUCGAGGAUGUUGCUACGGGAUGGGGUGUUCAGGUUGAGAGCAUGCUUAUUAAGGAUAUCAUUUUCUCCCGCGAGCUUCAGGACUCCCUCUCUAUGGCCGCCCAGAGCAAGCGUAUCGGAGAAUCUAAGAUUAUUGCAGCCCGCGCUGAAGUCGAGUCUGCAAAGCUGAUGCGUCAAGCCGCUGAUAUCCUUUCCAGCGCUCCGGCCAUGCAGAUCAGACAGCUCGAGGCAAUGCAGGCUAUGGCCAAAUCUGCAAACUCUAAGGUCAUCUUUAUGCCAACUUCCAACCCUGGACUUCAACACCAACUUCGCACACGAUUGGGCGAGAGCUCUGCCUCUAGCCCGACUCUCGAGAACUUUGGCGAUGAUUUUGACCCUGAUAUGCAGAGGGCCAUCAAUACCCAUAUAGUCUCAGAGUUGUAA